AUGAAGACCACCACUUACGUUUCCGCUCUCCUUAGCCUGGCCUCCGCCGUCAGCGCUCACUACACCUUCGACAAGCUCACCCUCGCUGGCGUCCAAGAGGGCACUGAUAACCAGUACAUCCGCAAGCACCAGAACGGCUACAUGCCCACCAAGUUCAAGGGCAUUCCCGACGGUUCCAUCUCUCCCACCGACAAGGACUUCACCUGCAACAAGGGCUCUACUCCCUCUCCCGACGUCUUCAAGGUCAAGGCCGGCGAUGAGAUUGGUCUUAAGCAGGCUUUCGGCGGUACUGGAAUGCAGCACCCCGGUCCUAUCCAGGUCUACGCUGCUCCUGUCAAGGACGCUACCAGUGACAGCCCUUAUGACCUCAAGUGGUACAAGAUUCACCAGGCUUUGAUCUGCAAGUCUGGCAAUGCCGAGUCUCUCCGCUCCACUGCUUGGUGCUCUUGGGAUGAGGACUCUGUUCACUUCAAGAUUCCUUCUACUCUCCCCGACGGACAGUACCUCCUCCGUGGUGAGCACAUUGCUCUCCACGGUGCUCAUGACGGCCAGGCUGAGUUCUACUAUGCUUGUGCUCAAGUUGAAGUCACUGGUAACAGCGCCACUACCAUUCCUGGUACUUCUGUCUCUAUCCCUGGCGUCUACAAGCAGGACGACGCUGCUGUCAACUUCAGCCUUUGGGGAAGCUCUACCUCUUACGAUGUCAUGCCUGGUCCUGAUGUCAUCCCCGGUGGUACCAUCCGUGGUUCCGCUGACGGUGCUGGCGGUGAUGUCACCAAGACUGUUGAGGGCGGUGCUGAUUCCGGUUCUGACUCUGGUUCCGACUCUGGCACUGGUGCUUCCCCCACCGAGGGUUCCGCUGCUCCUUCUACCGCCCCUACUUCUGCUACCGAGUCUUCUGCGGCUCCCGUCGUCCCUGAGAUUCCCGACUCUGCUGAGACCACUCCCCAGCCUACCCCCGUUGCCGCUGAGACCACUCCUCUCCCCUCUGCCGGUAACGGUGCCAGCAGCGGCUGCUCUUCUGGUUCUUCCAAGGCCCGCCGCCACGCUCGCCACUUCGCUGCUCACCGUUUCUAA